AUGGAGUCUAAAGCUUUUAUUUUCAUUGCUCUUGUUCUAUUCCGUUCAGUUCUCGCAGAUGAAGUAGCUCAAAAUGAAAAUAUAGGCGAUGAACCAAUGAAGCAUCCCACCACUUUUGGCGGUUACCCUGCCAUUCCAAUUCCUUAUACUGGUGGUGCCGGUGCCGGUGCCUGGGCAAGUGGUGGUGGUGGUGGUGGAGCCGCCGGUGGUGGUGGUGGGCCUGGCGGCGGUGGACCUGGCGGUGGUGGACCUGUUGGCGGUGGGCCUGGCGGUGGUGGGCCUGGCGGCGGUGGACCUGUUGGCGGUGGGCCUGGCGGUGCUGAGGGAGGUGGAGCAGAGGGUGGGGCUGAGGGCGGUGGAGGGGCAGGCGGAUACUCGGGAGGGUUCAGCCACGGUGGAGUGUAUGGUGGAGGGCAAAUUUGUAAAUUCGGCUGCUGCAGCGAGUCUCAUGGAUACAGCCAUAAGGGUGGGGGAUAUUUCGGGUGCACCUGCUGCGGAACUAUUGCAGAAGCCAAAGCCUACAAUAAUAAACAAAAUGAGGCCAGCAGAUUAACACAAGCCAAGAAUUAA